AAUUCACAAAAUUUACUGAGUCAAAGUUUACCUUUCCAGAGUUUACCGAGUCUGAGUUUAUCAAAUAAAAGCAAUCAUACUCCACCUUACAUUUUAGAAAAUGAAAAUGAUGAUAAUGUUUCUGAGAUGUCUGAGUUGGUAUUUUCAAAUCCAGAAAGCGAAGCAGAGGAAUUAAGAAAACAAGAAGAGCUUUAUGCUUUGAGCUCAAGACAUGUUAAAAACGCUUCCAGUGAUGAAAUUAACCAAUUAAUUAUUUUGCAAAGCCACUGGAAUUCUUUUGACCUCACAAUUCAAAACAUAAUCCUAACACAAUUUGACACAGCUAUGAAAUUAUUUGAAAAAAUGAAUGAAUAG